AUGGGAUGUCGGCAAAGCUCGGAGGACAAAGAGGCAGCCCGGCGGUCCCGGAGGAUUGACCGCCACCUGCGCUCGGAGAGCCAGCGCCAGCGCCGUGAGAUCAAGCUGCUCCUGUUGGGCACCAGCAACUCGGGCAAGAGCACCAUCGUCAAGCAGAUGAAGAUCAUCCACAGCGGGGGCUUCAACCUGGAGGCGUGCAAGGAGUACAAGCCCCUCAUCGUCUACAAUGCCAUCGACUCCCUGACGCGCAUCAUCCGGGCCCUGGCGGCCCUCAAGAUCGAGUUCCACAACCAGGACCGGGCCUACGACGCCGUGCAGCUGUUCGCCCUGACAGGCCCCGCCGAGAGCCGCGGGGAGAUCACCCCCGAGCUGCUGGGGGUCAUGAAGCGGCUGUGGGCCGACCCCGGGGUGCAGCAGUGCUUCAGCCGCUCCAGCGAGUACCACCUGGAGGACAACGCGGCCUACUACCUGAACGACCUCGAGAGGAUCGCCGCCCUGGACUACAUCCCCACCGUGGAGGACAUCCUGCGCUCGCGGGACAUGACCACCGGCAUUGUGGAGAACAAGUUCACCUUCAAGGAGCUGACCUUCAAAAUGGUGGACGUGGGGGGUCAGAGGUCAGAGCGCAAAAAAUGGAUUCACUGUUUCGAGGGCGUCACAGCAAUAAUCUUCUGCGUGGAGCUCAGCGGCUACGACCUGAAGCUCUACGAGGAUAACCAGACGAGUCGAAUGGCUGAGAGCCUCCGUCUCUUUGACUCCAUCUGCAACAACAACUGGUUCAUCAGCACCUCCCUCAUCCUCUUCCUGAACAAGAAGGACCUGCUGGCGGAGAAGAUUCGGCGCAUCCCGCUCACGGUCUGCUUCCCCGAGUACAAGGGCCAGAACACCUAUGAGGAGGCAGCUGUCUACAUCCAGCGCCAGUUUGAGGACUUGAACCGCAACAAGGAGACCAAGGAGAUCUACUCCCACUUCACGUGCGCCACCGACACCAGUAACAUCCAGUUCGUCUUCGAUGCAGUCACAGAUGUCAUCAUUCAGAACAAUCUCAAGUACAUUGGCCUCUGCUAG